CCCUUGUGGAUGUCCAGCGAAGCGAGCGAAUUGCAAAUGGAACGGAGCUAAACAAAGCGAUAAAAGAGAGAAGAGGAGCUUCACCUUGGCCCCGUGCGAGACAGAUCAUUGGCCGCAGCCUCUGGCGCAAGAAGAGAAGGAGCUGUAAGUAGAGUUGCGCCUGCACUUAGCGCCUGAAUCCCAGCCUUGCCACCGUGCCCCCCGGGGAGGGAAAGCACAGAAACCCGUGCCAAGAUGGUGAAGGCGAAGAAGGCAGCUGUGAAAGGGAUAGCGGCCGAGAGGAGCCGGAGGACUUCGACAGCCUCGGGGGUCCCCAAAGUCACCCCGCAGCCCCCCAGCCCCAAGAAGGCUCCAGCCAAGAAGGUGGCCGCGAUCAGGAAACAGGUGGAGGAGAAGGGCAAAGAGGAACAGGAGCAGCGCCAUGAGGAGGCUCUUCUGCUCGACCUGGGGGGACAGAGGCAGCGCUGGGUCAACUUUGUCAAGGAGCAAAGUCUCAGCACUGAGGAGGCAGCGAAACUUCUGCUCGACUCUUUGAUUGUCUGUGUCCCCAGCGAGUACAAGGGCCUUGUGAAGCACAGUGGGGGUUGUCACUGUGGAUCUGUGCGAUUUGAAGUCUGGGCAUCUUCUGAUUUACACAUCUUCGACUGCAACUGCAGCAUUUGUGUCAAGAAGCAGAACCGACACUUCAUUGUCCCAGCAUCCCGCUUCAAAUUAUUAAAGGGAGCAGAUAACCUCACUACAUACAAGUUCAACACCAAAAAGGCUCAGCAUACAUUCUGCAAGACUUGUGGCGUCCAGAGCUUCUACACCCCUCGCUCCAACCCUGACGGCUACGGAAUCUCCCCACACUGUCUGGAUGAAGGCACCGUGCGCAGUGUCCAUGUUGAGCAGAUCAACGGGAAGGAGUGGGAAAAGAUGAUGAAGGAGCACAAGACCAUCCGUAGCAUGUCACAGUCCUGAGAUGCCUCCCCCACUCACUUGCUCUGUGUCUUAGUCCACUACUUGUUUUAUACAUUUCGGCCGUGGCAGCCCGUCUUCUUUACUUUUAGUGAAUAAAACUUUUUCUAUAGACUUAC